UAACUGCUAUGAUGUAUUUGGCUGUAGUGACGUGUACAGUCAAGUUCAAUUUUCUUCAGGUGGCAUUAAAUUUAACAGUGGAUAGAGCGUCUCCCCACGCAUUCCAAUUAAUCACAUGUCUCGUCAGCAAUACUUCCCAAAGAUUGCACUGAGGACAUGAUUUGCACAGCAUGUGGGCCAGAAAAGACACACAUUCCCUACUAAUGUAAUGAAAAGCAUUGUCGGUAGUUUUAUUGUACGUGCGGUUUACAUUUGAAAAUAAAAAAAAUAACGGUUUAUUGACUGGGUGUCAUAAAACUGGUAGUCAACCAUGUCGAAGUAUAAAGGUGGAAUUUAGUGAUUCACUUCGGUAUUUUAGUGAAUAUGGUUGCAUAGGCGUUAGCUCAUCGAAGAAUCGUGCAUGUGCAUGCUACUGUCUACUCUGCUAUAUUUGUUAAGGUUGGAAUUAUGACUUUGCAUAGGCGUUUGUCCCUUGAAGAGCCAAGAUUAUGCACCUUACUCCUCAUAACUGUGUUCGUAAAAGCAGGAAUUCACCAUUGUUUUUUGCCACGUACAAAGUAUUUCAUUUCAGUGAUGGUUGUGAAGUAGAAAGUAAUGAUCAAGUUUUUAUACAAGAUGGAGCUGAAGAAGAUGAAAAAGAUUACUACCCAGAUCCAGACUCUCCUCCCCCACCCCAGUCUCCUAGACCUCCAUCUACAGGUUCACAAAAAUCUCCAAGAUCAAAGCACCAGCGAACUGCAUCCAUGUCACAGUCUUCCAAGAAAACAUCAACAGAAUCCAUACUUCGCAGUCAUACAAGAACUAUAUAUACAGCUGGACGUCCUCCAUGGUACAACUCAGCAGGACAGCAAGUAGAACCAUUUGUGAUUGGCAUAUGUGGUGGAAGUGCUUCAGGAAAAACAACUGUUGCUGCCAAAAUUAUUGAAUCACUUGAUGUGCCAUGGGUGACUUUACUAAGCAUGGAUUCAUUUUAUAAGGUACUUAGUGAGAAACAACAUGAGCUUGCUGCUAAAAAUGAAUACAACUUUGACCAUCCAGAUGCCUUUGAUUUUGAGCUUAUGGCAAGUACAUUGCAGAGGUUGAAAGAAGGCAAAAAAGUUGAAGUGCCCAUCUAUAAUUUUGUUACACACUCACGUGAAAGCAGGACAAAAACUAUGUAUGGUGCUAAUGUCAUCAUAUUUGAAGGAAUCUUGGCAUUUUAUCAUGCUGAAAUUUUGAAGAUGUUGGACAUGAAAAUAUUUGUAGACACUGAUGCAGAUGUUCGAUUAGCCCGGAGGUUGAAGCGUGACAUUUGUCAGCGUGGUCGAGAUCUGGAAGGAGUUUUGAAACAGUAUUGUAACCUCGUGAAGCCUGCAUUUUACCACUACAUUGCUCCAUCUAUGGUGCAUGCUGAUAUCAUUGUUCCUCGAGGGGGAGAAAAUGAAGUGGCUAUUGGGUUGAUUGUUCAUCAUGUACAUACACAGCUUCAGUUGAGAGGUUUCAAACUACGUGAGAAGUUGGCUCACUCAUAUAUCGGACAGCCCUUACCAGACUCCAUCCACUUGCUGCCCUCAACGCCACAGAUUAGAGGCCUUCAUACAUUCAUUCGUAACAAAGAUACUCCAAGGGAUGAGUUCAUAUUCUAUUCCAAGCGACUAAUCCGUUUAGUUAUUGAAUAUGCUUUAUCACUACUUCCUUUCAAGGAGCAGAUGAUAGAGACACCACAGGGUGUGCUGUACAACGGAAAGCGAUGUGCAAGUGACAAGAUCUGUGGUGUAUCCAUCUUACGAGCAGGAGAGACCAUGGAGCAGGCUGUAUGUGAUGUCUGUAAGGACAUUCGUAUUGGCAAGAUCCUCAUCCAGACCAACUUUUCCACAGGAGAACCUGAAUUAUAUUACUUGAGGCUUCCUAAAGACAUAAAGGACUACAAAGUAAUCUUAAUGGAUGCUACUGUAGCAACAGGGGCUGCAGCCAUGAUGGCAAUUCGAGUGCUGCUGGACCAUGAUGUGCCAGAAGAAAACAUUCUUAUUGUAUCCCUUCUAAUGGCUGAAAUAGGAGUGCAUUCUAUAGCAUACGCUUUCCCUGGAGUCCGAAUUGUGACAACUGCAUUAGAUCCAGAAAUAAAUGAAAAGUUCUAUGUUCUUCCUGGUAUUGGUAACUUUGGGGACCGUUACUUUGGAACUGAACCCACAGAAGAGAGUUGAAUACAUCCAUACCAGACUAACAUAAUCCAACAUGCGCAAGAGACAUUGCCACCAACAUUCAGGAAGAAACUUUUUUCUCAUAGUCUUUAUUGAUAGACAUGGGUAAGUUAUGUAGACUAUAUGUUUGGAUUAAUAUUAUUCCAUCUUCCAGUGAACCAGGGUUAACAUGUAGGAUCUUCCACUAUGUAAAGGACAGUGUUUGACAACCCGUACCGUUACACUGCUGAGCCUCUUGUCAGGUGGGGGUCACAGUCCUUCAAACAGAAACUGAAUAUUUAAGUUGCUUGUAAUGCAAUUUUUCCUGCAAUGUGGUACAGUAAAAUCUGGUAUAAUGGUGUUCAAAUCAACUGUUAUUUCCUCACUUAACAGUCAUCUUAAAAUAUUUGUUAUGGGUAACAGCAUAAGAGCCCUUUAUAAUGUACUUUCUGUGACAAACUUCUCUUAAUGUGGUCAGCAUUAUCACAUUAAGAUAACAAGAAUAAAAUAUGUUGUAAUUUGUAGAUAUUAUAAAAAAGAAUAACUUUGUUUGUCUGUUACUUCUACUUUUUGGCAUAAUUUUGAGUUUCCAUAUGUAUGACUCUUCUUUCUUUUGACUUUAUGAACAGCUCUGAAUUUUAGUAACCAUUGCGGCGAAGUAAGAUAAUUGUCCAUAGUGUGGGUGGCAGUUUGUGUGUGCCAUGGGAUUGUUUUUCUGUGCAUUGAGAAAGGACUUCAUGUUAUGUUGGAAAAUAACUGUGAGCGCUUCUAUUUGGGCUCAUUGUAACCAGAUAUUCUGUACGUGUGAUCCACUUAGUUUGCCGUCUCCUCCCAGUAACUUCUGUCUUCUGUGAAUUCAACACACAAGAUAUUUCAGUAUGAUAUCCCAGAUAUGUUACUGUACUGAUUUUGUGACAGUGUGAAGAAAAAAUGCAAGUGCUUUAAUACAACAGUUGUAUGCUAAUGCUUAUUGACUCCACUAGACAGAAUUUAUACAAUAUUUGAUAUAUAAUAAGUAAAGAAUGUCUAUCACUUACCAUUUAGAUUGUUAUUUUAUCAUAUAGUUCUUCCUUGAGAAUUUCUUUUGCCCAGAAAAUGUUUAAGACUAUGUAUAAGGAAAUUGUCUAGGGCUGAACAGUAAUGUAUUUAAUUUCUUACACAUAAAGGGUAACUUUCAGUAAGUUUAGUCUUCCCUGUCCAUUAUCAGUAAGAAACUGUAAUAAAAGUACAUUAUUUCCAUGUUUUUGGCAGUUUUGUACUUUGGUGCCCAGUGGUUUGUUGAUAUGUUGUAUAAAUUAACUUUUAUAUUUAGUUCUGUUUUGAUCACUGUCCCUUAGUACUGAGAUCAUAUAGUUCCUCUGUUAAUUAUGAGCAUUGUGUUUGUGUGUACACACAUUUCUGCUCACAUGCCCACACAACAUGUCUAUGGUCACUUGUGUAUAACACAUUUAAUUUGAGGUAAAACUGUAAGAAUUUUUGUACUUAACAUAUAAAAAUGUUGUAAAAUGAAAUUUUGCCAUCCAUAAAAUGGAAGUUAACAACUGAAGAAUGAAGCAGUUGCAAUUGUACUGUGUUCUAAGUCAUCAUUUUAAAAAUCUGUGAUUACCGAAAUGAACAGAAGAAAUUUCCUUGAAUUCAUUCAUAAAACUGUGGAAAUAUAAGAGCUUCAAAAAACAGUAACAUCUUGGAAAACCUAGAAUAUAUGUUUGUACUUACAAGUUUUUCACACAGAAAGAACUACUCUGUUUAUGUUCCUACCCUUCCACUAAUUCUGGGUUGUGUAGUGCAUUUCAAAAUAUUAUUUUAUUACAGAAUUUCCAGUUUAUAUGUGUUACAUUUUAAUAAUUGACGGAAUUUGUAAAAGACGGGUUAGCAAAAUUGUUUCCUCAAAAAUUAAGAAAGAGUAACAUUUCUCUUAAACUUUUUGGAGUUAGAAUUUGACUUGAACAGGUAAAGAAAAUAAAACUUGUGCUUUGUGUGUUGUUAUGGUUCAGUGUUUGCCCAUCUAACACUGUGUGGCAGUAGAAACGGGAUACAUAUAUUUACAGUCCUAUUUUAAGUCAGUUUAGAAUACUUAAACCAAUGUACUUGAUACCAUAUACUAUAUUAAUAAAUAAAAUUGACCUUAAGUUGGCCAAAAUUGAACUUGAUUCAGUUAGUAAGUUAUUUAUUUAUGUAUUUCAGAAUAUAUUUAAUGUUUUAGUAUUAACAAUGGCAGUCAUUGAUUCAAUUGUAGUUACCUUGCCGAUCUCAGUGGAAGAUUUCAUAUGUCAACUUUAAUUUCUAUGUAUACUUUGUAGUUUGAUUGUUAAUUUUGAUCGUUUUUUAUCUCAUAGAUUGUAAUAAUUUCAUGUACCAACUGCAGUUUACUGAAUGUCAAGUUGUGUGAAUCCUGGUGAUAUAAGAAUGCAAGACAGAAUUGCCAACUGUAAAGUGACUGGUAAUACAAAACAUUUUGGACUCAGAAUAUAUGAUCGGUCUCUGUUUUAUGCAGUAUACUUCAUGAACUUUACAACUAUUGUUGUUUGUUUUUUGCAUUUCAUCAAAAGUAUGGACUUUCCUCAUAUACAGAGUAUACACAAAAGAAUGAUGCAGUUUCAAAAGUUAAUAAAAAAA